ACGCGCGUAUUCGGAGAGCACAGAAACAAUAAUAGUGUUUGCGAUUAAUUUCCAGAUAAAUUUUGAUAUAAAAGCAUUUGAAUUGAAGAGAAAUUUACUUUGUCUUGUUACCUUCUUUUGGCGAUAUUUCUAUCUAUCUAGGCUCGGUGAUAAUUUGCUAACGAAGUGGGAGGAACUUCCGUAAAGCACGAACAGAUGUGAUUUGCCGAAAAUUGCAGAUGAAACUUUGAAACUUGGCAGUUAGAUUUCGUUAGUGUUGCACAUAUUGGAGCCCGCGUUAAAUAUUGUGGAAUUAAGUCAUUUUUGUAGUUUUGUGAUCAAGUGAAAAAUAUAACAUUGGAAGAUGUCGGUUGAUAAAAACAACGUUGAGUUUCCCGAUUACAUGGAUAUUCAGUUUUUCGAAACUGCCAUGAAAAACGGUUUAAACGAUAAAAGUACAAAAGUUGAGAAUGUUAAAUUUACGCAAGGGCAUAAACCAGGCGAAAACUACUGUAGUGUGAUUUAUAGAGCAGACGUAACAUAUUCGACUUCAACUACAGCUUCAACUAAAGUUUCAUUGAUUAUCAAAACACAAGUUCUGGAUGAUGAAUAUAAAACAGCUGACUUUUUUGGAAAGGAAACGGAUAUGUACACUUUAGCUCUGCCACAAAUUGAAUCCAUGCUUGGAAAUAUACAUAUCGCGCCAAAGAUGUACUACUCAGCAAGGACCCCUAAUGAUGUAGUAGUGUUUCAUGAUAUGACUCCGGAAGGAUACUUACUUGCUGAUCGAGUUAAAGGUCUAGAUGAGAAGCAUUGUGCGAUGGUUUUGGAAAAACUAGCGAAACUUCAUGCGGCAUCCAUUGAACUUGCUAGAGCCGAUCCAAAAGUGAAGACAAUAUUUGAAAUCGGAAUGAUAAAUAACGAAUCCCGGAAGUUCGUCGAAACUCUUCUAUUCCACAACAUAUCAGACCUGGAGAAACUAGUGGCAACAUGGCCAGGAUUCGAGUCAAUCGCAGUCAAGCUUCUAUCUAUGCGUAAUAACAUUUUUGAAAUUUUCCUCGAAGCCAAUGAACCGAAAAAAGGGGAAUUAUCAGUUUUAACUCAUAAUGAUCUGUGGACGAAUAAUAUUCUGUUCAAAUACAAUGGAGACGAGCCUGUCGAUGUUUUAUUGAUUGAUUACCAAGCAUCUUUUUACUGCAGUCCUGGUAUUGAUAUUACCCAUUUCCUAUACACAACUCCGUAUUUCCACCUGCUUGAAAACAAACGCGAAUACAUGAUCGAGGAAUACUACUACAAACCUUUCAAGGCGACACUUGAGAAAGUCGGUUACUUACCAAUACCGACACUAGAGGAUAUUUACCAAGAAAUCGAGAAUAGGGAAAUGUCAGGAUUUUUAUGGGCUUGUGCAAAACUCUAUCUAAUUUGUAUGGAUAAGAAAGACUGCGAAGAGAAUAGUAAUAGUAUCGAUGCACUGGGCCAUCCAGAGAUUGGUGGACAGAUCCGAGCAAAGGGAAUGAGUUCAGAACGCUAUCAAGCAACUAUGAAAUAUAUGUUAAAGCGAAUGGAUAAAUUGGGAAAAUUAUAAGAAAUAUUUUGAGUUAAUUUUUUUUCUAUUCGGCUGAAAUUUUAGCCUUAGUGUCACACGUCCCAAAAUCUUCAUUAAAAAAAUUUCAAUACAUAAUUAUAACUGUUA